AUGCAGAUUUUAAACAGCAGCAAGCUUGUGCAAAAGGCAUGGGCAAAAUGUACUGCAAAUGAAUGGAAUCUGUCUGCUAAGUGCCUUACUAGCAAAAAGGCAAAAGCUGCACUGGAGAUCAAUGUGAAGAUUGGAAAUGCAGUAGGGAUAGAUUUACCCAGUGGAGAUGGUCUUGUAGGGCAGGGCUAUUGUGUGGAUCCUGCCAUGCUCAUAGAAGAUGAAGACAUAGGAUUCUAUCACUCAGGAGGUGACAUGGAAAGCAUUUGGGCUCAUUGA